GCGAUGGUUCACAAUCCAAAUGCUUCCAAAGUUUGGUCUAUUUAUUUCAAAACGCACAAUAAUAUUGCUGCACCAUGAGAAUCUCUGCAGCAACAGACCCUAAGCACGAUUGGCCUACUAUAAAGCCAUCCGACAGACGCCAACUCUUAAACAUUAAUUGUGUAUUUUGUGUAAAUAAUCUUCAGAAUCUCAAUGGCCACUAGAUGCCAAGCAGGCAGUCAUCUGACCAUGAAACGGUGAGAGUUGCGGGUACAUGAUGCAUUUGUUCUUCUGAAGACUAGCUAUGCAUGGUGAUAGAAAAAAAAACAAUUUUCACGCUACACUGAAAAGUGGACAACGCACUGACGCAGAUUGCUAGCAGCACCUGCUGCAUUGGAAUCAUUACAUAUUAUGGCCGUUGAAGACAGUCAUGUUUUAAGAGAGUACAUUUACAAGCGGUACUCAGUUGAUGUUUACUCAACCCUGAUCAAUGAAAGCCGUGGUCGAUGACCACAUCUAGUUACGUCGAACCGUGUUAAGUUCAGAAAAGCGUAUUAGUCAAGCUCAUCAUGGAGAACUCUACGGACAUCCCGCCAUUCGAAUUCAGUGACAUGAUCCAGAGAACCAUUGUCGCCUCGCUCAUCCUGAUCAUAUCACUGGUUGGAAUCAUCGGCAACUCGCUGGUGAUCUUGGCCGUGCUGCUGUCCAAAAAGCUCCGCACGACCACCAACGCCUUCGUGGUGAACCUCAGCAUUGCGGACCUGCUGACCUGCCUGGUCAUCCCGUGGGAUGCCGUGGCUUUGUUGGGUAAAGACGGCCUGCCGGUUGGCGAGUGGAUCUGCAGCGUGGUAGCUGCAGUCAUCUUCACAACUGUGGGCUGCAGCAUCUGUACGCUGGCAUCCAUCGCCCUGAACCGCCUGCUGCUGAUCACACGGCCGACGGCCACAUACCGGCGAAUAUACACGCCAAAGAAGAUUGCCGUUUGGCUGGUAGUCAUCUGGCUGGUCCCACUCCUCACCACUACCAUUCCCCCGCUCCUAAACGUGGGCGCUCUGGGAUUCAACCAACAGUUCCACUUUUGUGGAUCAAUCCCCACCCAUCCCAAUUACAACGCAUUCAAUCUGAUCAUCUCAGCAGUAUUGUACCCUAUCCCGUGUGUCGUCAUCGUAGUCAGCUACUCCCUGAUCUGGAUUCACCUGCACCGUCAAGCCAAGAAGCUUGUUAAGCGACCCGUCUCCUCACCCACCAGCGUGUCCGCGAUCGCAAACAACCAAGACGCUAUUCCCAUGGACCAGCUCCCGGUACCAGCAGCUACCAUGAGCAGCGCUAACCGGUCUCCAGGAACUAGUCGCCAGACCGAGGUCACCAAGAAUAUGCUCUACGUCGUGUGCGGCUUUGGUCUCUGCAUCACCCCGUACUCAAUCAACCUGUUUGUCGAUGAUAAAAGCCCAUUAAUACCCUACACCACCGUCAUAGUGCUCCUCAAUAACUGCAUCAACCCCUUGAUCUAUGCGACCAAGCACCGUGACUUCAAGACAGUCUUCGGCUGUAUCUUACGUCGCCGGUGGGUCCUCAUCCCAAACCCGUCAAAUUUUCUUAAAGCACUCACGAGGUGAUCGAAACAGUGUAGGCACGCUCCCUUACAUAAUGAAAGAUGUCUAAUAAGUGAGAGGUAUAUUUUAAAAAUUAAAUCGCUUCUGAUUCGUUCCAUGUCGAAUUUAAAUACUUGUUUAGAUCAAUUUGUCACGCUGUAGCGUAUAAUAAUACCUCUCAGUAGUCCUAGUUUAAUGUACUGUCCUUCAAACCUACUAGACAUCGUAUGCAUGAAUCGAUGACGACGACUUGCAUAGGGGGCCUAUAAUGUAUGUAUUAAUGUUAUCCAAGACGUAAUUGAAAGACGCCCUGUAACUGUGGACACUUACUCUCAGACCAGCAGCCACACGUACGUGAUUACUCGUUAUUAAACUCUGUAGCCUUUGAGUUCCGAAUUUCUUUCGAUUGAACGGGUUGAUUUUUAGAUGGAGAGGGCAGUCACCUCUAUGUAAAUAAAUUAUUUUGUUUCUUGUGCAGGCGUU